UGACCUCUGCUUCUGACCUCCUGCAUUACUAAAUCGUCACGUUAAAUUUAAACAAACGGCGGUUUAUCAAAUUUAUUAGUUGAUCUUUGCUGGUGGUAAAGUCGAAUAGUGAUAAAAAUAAUAAUAAGUAUAUCCAGCUUUCAAUUUUAUACGAUUUUUUAAAAUAUAAUCAUAAUGGCAACAGGUGGAAAUAUCGCAUUAUUGUCCGUUUCGAACAAAAAUGGCUUGAUAGAAUUAGGUAAAAAUUUGAGUAGCUUAGGCUUCCAAUUAGUGGGAAGCGGUGGUACUGCUGCAAUCCUUAGAGGUGCAGGCCUUUCCAUUAAGGAUGUAUCUGAUAUUUCGGGAGCCCCUGAAAUAUUGGGGGGCAGGGUUAAAACCUUGCACCCAGCAGUACACGGCGGAAUUUUAUCAAGGUUGAUACCAUCAGACCAGGCCGAUUUGAAAGCGCAGAAUAUUGAAAUGAUAAGAAUCGUUGUCUGUAAUUUAUACCCAUUUGUCGAAACGGUCUCAAAACCCAAUGUUGAUGUAGCCGAUGCGGUCGAGAAUAUUGACAUCGGCGGCGUGACUCUGUUAAGAGCGGCAGCCAAAAACCAUUCUAGGGUCACUGUAAUUUGCGAUCCUUCCGAUUAUGGAAAGGUUAUCAAUGAAAUAAGAAGUAAUCCAAAUAAGGAUACGUCUCUCGAAACCAGACAAGCUUUGGCCCUUAAGGCUUUCACCCACACGUCGGACUACGACUUGGCAAUUUCCGAUUAUUUCCGCAAGCAGUUUUCGAACGGCGUCUCACAGUUGACUCUACGAUACGGCAUGAAUCCACAUCAGAAGCCUGCUCAACUUUACACUACUUUAUCGAAGUUACCACUCACUGUCGUGAAUGGUUCCCCGGGAUACAUAAACCUCUGCGACGCCCUCAACGGUUGGCAGCUGGUUAAGGAGCUCAAAGCUUCUUUAGGUUUGCCCGCUGCGGCCAGUUUUAAGCACGUUUCACCUGCUGGGGCGGCGGUGGGGGUUCCAUUGAACGGAAACCAGGCAAAACUCUGUAUGGUGGACGACCUACAAGAAAAACUAACUCCUCUCGCCACGGCCUACGCGAGAGCCAGAGGCGCAGACCGUAUGUCCUCCUUCGGAGACUUCGUGGCCCUCUCGGACGAAUGCGACUACAUAACCGCCAGGCUGGUAUCGCGAGAAGUGUCGGACGGCAUAAUUGCACCCGGAUACUCGCCAGAGGCAUUUGAACUACUUAAGAAGAAGAAGAACGGGAACUACUGCAUCCUCCAGAUUGACCCCGAUUACAUUCCCGAUCCUAUCGAGAGGAAAGUCCUGUUCGGCUUGACGCUCGAACAGCAGAGAAACAACGCGGUUAUCGAUUCCUCCCUCUUUACCGAUAUCGUGACUGAUAACAAAGAUCUCCCGGAAUCCGCUGUCAGGGACUUGAUAGUGGCCACGAUCGCUUUGAAAUAUACACAAAGCAACUCCGUGUGCUACGCCAGGGACGGUCAGGUUGUCGGUAUCGGGGCGGGUCAACAGUCCCGGAUCCACUGCACUAGGCUGGCCGGCGACAAGGCGGAUAACUGGUGGCUGAGGCAGCACCCCAAGGUUCUUAAUAUGAAGUUCAAGAAGGGGGUCAAGAGGGCGGAAAUAUCGAACGCUAUCGAUAACUUCGUCAACGGCUCGGUCGGGAAGGAUAUGGACCGAGCUAUUUUUGAGGCUAUGUAUAACGAGGUGCCCGUCGAGUUUACGGAAAGUGAACGCAGGACCUGGUUAAGCCAGCUGUCCGGUGUGGCGUUGGGGUCGGACGCGUUUUUCCCGUUCCGUGACAAUAUAGACAGGGCCCGGCUGAGUGGCGUGUCUUUCGUCGGCAGUCCGGCCGGUUCUACUAACGACGAGGAAGUUAUUAAAGCUUGCAAUGAGCACAAAAUUGUGAUGGCCCAUACUAAUCUCCGUCUCUUCCACCACUGAUUGAUUUUUUUUUUAAAUAUUUUCACAUAUUUGUUUUGAUAUUAUAU